AUGUCGGUUAUAAACAACCGUGAGGGGUCGGUUGAAUAUGCUACAUCAUCAACUACAUCACCAAACACAACAGCUUCAACUGCAAAUGCAACUGCAACUGCAACUGGAGGCACACAGAAUAAUGUAAGUGAUACAAAUGCCUCGCACGUUAAGAACGAAGUUCAAUUACGAGGAACACCCAAUGAGAAUGAUCAUAGUUUCGACCAUCAAGGGUCAGAGGAAGACGACGAUCAUGACUCUCAAACCGAUCUGUCUCAACCUCGCCAAUCAAACAAAAGGUCUAAAGUCACUCGAAGAUCAAUUGCAUGCAAGAGUUGCCAUGCUUUAAAAGUUAAAUGCACCCCAUCUGAUCCACUGGAUCCAAGUAAGCCGUGUGUCAGAUGUCUCAAUGCUAAUAGAAAGUGUGAAAUUGACCUCAACCAAACCAGAAAAAGAAGAAAAAAAUCAGAAAUACUUGAAGCAAAGAGAAGAGAAGCUGAAGAAAAGUUGAAAGUAGGGGCUAACUCUGGCAGCAGUCACGAACAAGCAACUGCCACACGAAGGAUCACGGAAAAUACACGAAAAAAUGCGGGCGAAUCUCAUUCAAAGGUACCUUCGCCCAAUAAACCAGCUGUUCCUUCAGCAAUUCGUCCUCAAAACUCAACUGUCCCCCCAAUUUCUAGCAACUUGAAUCCAAUAAACACUCAACUACAGAACCCACAACUGUCGAUAAGUGACACCCCUAAUAGCCAACCCAACUCGUCGUCAUCACCACAACCCUCACAACCAUCACACGCAAUGCUGAAGGAUGAAGAGAUUGUCAAUUUGAAACAAAGAAUUCUCACAUUGGAAACUCAAUUGAGCCAUAGAAACCAUUUUCACAGAAAGGCGCUCAGCGAUUUUCAAUCAGACACUCCCUCGGAAAUGUUUUCGCCACCAUUUGUUUCCAAAUCGGACCUUGAGCAAGAGAUUACAAUCUUUGCUGAAUCUGCAUCGAAGCUUACUGAUUUAACUAAUGAACUCAACAAUUUGGCAAACAUAAGAACAAGAAUGUUGAAACCUGGUACUCCUCCAGAUGUGGUUUCAAAAGGGUUGAUAAGUUUACCUGAAGCGGAAAGAAGGUUACAAUUGUAUAGAAACAGGAUUCUUGCCUUUUUGCCCUUUAUCGACGUUCCUGCCGAUGUAACUGCUGAUGUAUUACGAAUUGAACAACCGUUUUUGUUCAAUGCUGUGAUGGCUGCUAGUAACACCGUCAAUUCUGCAUUGUCAGAACCGGAGAUUGAUCAAGCUUUGGCAUUGGACAACGAAGCAAUCCGAUCUGUGUGUGACGAGGUAAUGGUUGUUGGAAGGAAAACAGUGGAGUUGAUUAAAAGUAUGCUCAUCUUAACAUUGUAUUACAACUCCCCAGAAUUGUUUCGACAACGUCGAUACCAUUUGCUAAACAAUAUUUGUGUGUCACUUUUGCACGAUUUGGGUAUUGUGGCAAGACCUUCGUAUUCAUUCGACAACAGCGAUGGAUCGUUGAAAAAAAAUCCCGAGCAGAAAACGAGUGAUGAGUAUAGGUCAAUUGUGUUAAUUAUAUAUUUCAGCACAGUCAGUAUUUGCCUUAUUCUUCGAAGAGCAAUAUACAUCAAGUGGACACCUUAUGUUGAAGAGUGUUGCGUGGCCCUUGAAAAUAGCCCAGAGAUUAAAUAUCGCAAGUUGGCUUUAUUUGCCAGAAUCAACUCCGCUUUAGAAAAGAUCCACCACAUUAUUCACUCGCCCGAGAUUGGGGAAAAGGGGGUUUCUACAUCUCAAUACAUGAUUCAGGAAUUGCAAAGACAAUUGACCGAGUUGAAAAACAAGAUUAAUGAUGACGAUCAUGUGUUUUUGUCAUACUUGUACUCGGUCGAGGCAUACUUGCAUGAGCCCAACUUGAGCAACAUAUUCAAACCACAAGAGUCCCAAUUGAGUUCAAUUGCAGUCAAGGCGAUUUCAAAUUGUACAAAUUCCUGCCUAUCGGCAUUGAAUGAGUACAACAAGCUCACUUCAGAACAGAUUGCGCAGAUGCCUUUGGCAUUUGGAUCUCGAGUAAUGUACACCGGUGGAAUGCUCCUUCGAUUAAGGUUUUUGAUUUUGUCACUCCCCUCACAUAUAGAAAAAGAUUUGGUGCCUCGUGAUGCUGUUAUUUCGAUUCAAAGAGUGAGCAACUUGGUUGAGCAAGCUCAUAAUCAACACCCCACAAAUCAUUUAUUGAAAAAGACGCGAUUGGUGUUACAGUUGUUUAUUCAAACAUAUGCUACCCAAGUCAAUGAUUUGCUUAGAAAGAAUGGUGAAACGCCGCAAAAUUUUAAACCCACAGAACGAGAUACAAUAGAACUCAAGAGGGUUGCGUCCAAUUUUGAAGAGUCCAGAGGUAGACAAGCUUUGAUGAGAGAUGAAGUGCAUAGUGUUCCAUUGGAUAUUCUUUCCUACGCUGCAUCAUAUAGACGUGAGGGGAAUCCGGGACAGAGUCAACGCCCACGUACAGUUUCAGAGUCUAAGGAAAAAGUAGGAACUUCAACUACUUUUGCACCGCAACCUAUAGGAUCUCAAGUGCAAUUUACUUCAGCUGGUAAUACUCCCAUCAACCAAGUAACGUCGCCCCCACCUUCUUCGGUCCCAUUUCAACCUCAACAACCACCGCCACUCCAACCAUCACAACAAAUUCAACAACAAUCCCUUUUGCAGCACGCGCAGAAUGGUGAUGUAAUGUCAACACCAGCAGUAGGACCAGUGGCAACUUCUUUGACCAAUACUUUUGAUCCGUCUUCUCAGCAUACCGGACUCACACCUGGUAACUUUGACUACAGACAGUUUAGGAUUCCUCUGUUGUCAAACCCAUCAGGAGUUGGUAAUACAAACCACAACACUGGUCACAACACUGGUCACAACGCUGGUCACAACUCGUUCAGCAACAAUGGCAGCAACCACAACAACAACCACCAAUUUUUCAACCCAAACCUUGCCAAUCCAGAUCAAUUGGAAAAUUCGUACCUGGUGUUGAACGACGAAUUUUGGUCAAACUUGUUGAGUACGGACUCUGCUGAUCGUAUCAACUUCAGUAGCAACAAUACAAACUGGAAUCAGAUGAACGAUGAGGUGUUCUUUAUGGAAUGA